AUGCGAUUUGCCUCGUCGGGCGAGAAGGCCACGGAGGCUGCGGCCGAGGCCGCCGAAGCGACUGUGAAGGAGAACGCAGCCAAGGCUGCGGAGACUGCGGAGACGGUGGCAAAGGAGGCACCCAAGAAGGCCGGUCGUGGGCUCAAGAGGACGGUCAUUGGGACGACGUUGGCGCUGGGUGCGCUCGUCGGGUAUGUGUACGCCACGGAUACUCGGGCCAGCGUGCAUCGGUACGGUAUGGUUCCGUUGGUGAGGGCCUUGUUCCCCGAUGCGGAGGAUGCGCAUCACUUCGGCGUGGAUAUCUUGAAGACGCUCUACAAGUACGGUCUUAAUCCCAGAGAACGGGGCGAUCCAGAUGGAGAUGGGUCGUUGGUGACGGAGGUCUUCGGAUAUACCCUUUCCAACCCAAUUGGUAUCUCUGGCGGACUCGACAAGCACGCUGACAUCCCGGAUCCGCUGUUCGAAAUCGGGCCUGCAAUUGUCGAGGUCGGUGGAACGACCCCUCUGCCGCAGGAUGGUAAUCCCCGUCCUCGCGUGUUCCGUGUCGUCUCCCAGAACGGCAUGAUCAACCGCUACGGCCUCAACUCCAAGGGUGCCGACCACAUGGCUGCCGUGCUUGAGCAGCGUGUCCAGGAUUUCGCCUACGCUAAUGGAUUUGGGGAACAUGAGCUGGCUGAGAAGCGUGUGCUCAAUGGCGAGGCCGGCGUGCCUCCAGGCAGUCUGCGACCCGGCAAGCUUCUUGCUGUGCAGGUGGCUAAGAACAAGGUCACCCCUGAUAACGACAUCGAAGCCAUCAAGCGUGACUACGUGUAUUGCGUGGACCGCGUCGCCAAGUACGCUGACAUCCUGGUUGUGAACGUCUCGAGUCCCAACACCCCCGGUCUGCGUGACCUCCAGGCGACUGCUCCCCUGACGGCCAUCCUGAAGGCCGUUGUCGGAGCUGCCAAGAGCAUUGACCGCACCACCAAGCCCUAUGUCAUGGUGAAGGUUAGCCCCGACGAGGAUGCAGACGAGCAGGUCUCUGGCAUCUGCCAGGCUGUCUGGAGUUCUGGUGUGGACGGUGUAAUCGUCGGUAACACCACCAACCGUCGUCCUGAUGCUCUCCCCAAGGGAUUCACCCUACCAGCUGCGGAGCAAGAGACCUUGAAAGAGACGGGAGGUUAUUCCGGACCCCAACUGUUCGACCGUACCGUCGCGCUUGUCGCUCGUUACCGGGCGAUGCUCGAUGCCACUCCCAACACCCCGGAGCUGACAGGAGCCGCCGCGGAGGCCACCACGACCGCGGCCCAGGUCGAGCCUGACACAGAGAAUACGCCCUCGGUGGAGCCUCCGAAACCCUCGGACAGUCUGGCCCGAAAGGUCAUUUUCGCUUCUGGCGGUGUCACCAACGGCCAGCAGGCGCAAGCAGUUCUGGACGCCGGAGCCUCGGUUGCAAUGAUGUACACGGCUAUCACUUACGGUGGUAUGGGAACGGUCACCCGCGUGAAGCAGGAGAUGCGCGAGGGCAAGAAGCAGCAAUAG